AUGCUUGAAUUAUUUGAACAUGAAGAAUCUAUUGCUCUUCGUUCAUAUUUAUUACCUACUGGAAGAGAUGAAUUUUUUAUUGGACUAAAUUCUUCAUUACCAGCUGCAGGAACUUCAAUCAUGAUAAAUUAUCAACUGAUGUUCAAAUAUCGACAAGUUAAUUCUACAAUUACAAAUGAUAAUCUAAUUGUAAGUUCAUUUUCAAUCUCACCACUAAUUCGUGAAAAGAGACUUUCUGGUCAAUUUUGUCUUGAUAAUUCAAAUAUUUAUCUUCAUAAUGGGAUUCAAUUACGAUCAGCAGUAUUUCAAGUUUGA